AUGGAGCAGUUGAAAAUGGGUGAAGUUGCUAGCUUCCUUAAACCGACACCGAUACUCCACGAAGACUCCAACUUUGAUGGUAGACUGUGUCGUUCGAUGAGCCAGCUUGUCUACGUGCCUUCCGAGUGGGUGAUUCAACAUUUUCUGUUUCACGAAGCCAACAAUAAAACACUUGAAUCUAAAGAAUUUUCGUCAAAGGAGUACCCGCGUUUGAAAUGGAAACUCAAACUUCACCUUGAUCAAGCAGAUACAACCAGCUACAAUGUUUCGUGUUGCCCCAAUCUAAAUCCAAGAGAUUGGGGGGAAAACUUUCUACUGAAACAUUCAAUUGUUAACAAGAAGGGCGAGAAAGUCCACCUGCGCGAAAACAAAGUUCCCAAAUCUUCAAAUGAGACUUUCUGGUGUUAUCCGCUCAUCGACAAAAAGGAACUUAGGAGUAAAUCGAAUGAAUUGCUUCUGAACGGCAGUCUUACCAUCUUCUGCGAAAUUCAAUUGGUAAUACCCAAGAAAUGCACAUCGCAUCAAAAAGAAAUAUUUCAUUCUAAAAGAAACUUGGAAGAGAUUUUUCAAAGUAUGAAGUUUAGUGACGUCACUAUAGACGUUCGAGGUCAAAUGUUUCGAGCACAUAAAGACAUUAUGAUCUCUAAAAGCAAAGUAUUCGCAGCUAGGUUCGACCAUCCAACUGAGAAGAUGUUGGAUUACCUAGAAGUCACCGAUAUAGAGCCGGAUGUAUUUCUGGAAAUACUGCGCUUCAUUUACAGUGGCCAGGUGCCUUUCACACAGAUAGGGAAGAAGAAAACAAUUGUACUUUUGAUCGCCGCGGACAAAUAUCGACUUGAAAGCCUCAAAUACCAAUGUGAGACGCAGUUGGUGGGAGUAAUGUCCAUUGAAAAUUGUGCCUAUCUUCUGUCACUUGCUGAUUGCCACGGAGCGUUUAAUUUAAAGCAAAACGCGCUGGAAUUAUUCCGCCGCUUCCCAACACAAGUGAUGAAGACGGAUGCCUGGAAAAAUCUUCACCCGAUAUUUUAG